UUCUUAUGCUGUGAUACUCUUUCUCUAAAUAGGAUGUUUGUAACGUUCAUGUACUUUGGAGAUCUGUACAAAUGUGGAAAACGCGGUGUUUUAAAAAUGGCACACGUAGGGAAUCCAUGCAAUCCAGAGGGUCUGCCAUGAACCAUGUGCACAAUGGGAGUAUUAGCUGGCUCUUGGGUGACCUAAAGGCAAGAUGGGCAACACUCUGAGGCUGUGACCACUUUGCAUCCCCAUGUGUACCAUGAACAGCACUGCCUGGCCUUUGGACCUGGCUGAGUUUGCGAAACCUCGGGGCUUCAACAGCUCCCAGAGCCAGUCUGCUUCUGUGAGUGGUUGGGCAUUAAUCCACACGGCUACCCUUGCCUCCUGUUCCCUCCUGUUGGUCCUCAUCUUUUGUCUCGGUUCUUAUGGAAACUUGGUGGUCUUCUUGUCCUUCUUCGACCCGGCGUUCCGCAAGUUCCGCACCAACUUCGACUUCAUGAUCCUCAACCUAUCCUUCUGUGACCUGUUCAUUUGCUGCGUCACUGUGCCCAUGUUUGCACUGGUUCUCUUUCUGGAUGCUGGAGACGCGAGUGGCGGCGUGUCCCAGGGCUUCUGCUUUGCCUUCCACCUCACCAGCUCGGGCUUCAUCAUUAUGUCCCUCGAAACGGUGGCUGUGAUUGCCCUGCAUCGACUCCGCAUGGUCCUGGGUCAGCAGCCCAACCGUACAGCCUCGUUCCCCUGUACUCUGGUCCUCACUGCAUUGUUAUGGACCACCAGUUUCACACUGGCGGUGUUGGUCACCUUACGAGCAUAUCCCAGGAGCUCCGGACCUUGCCUGCCCCACUUUGGUCUUACCGGCAACAAAGCCAAGGUAGUAUUGUACGUAUACAUUGCAGACUUUGCUUUCUGUGUAGGUGUGGUGUCCAUCUCAUACCUCAUGAUCGCUCAGGCGUUGAGGAAGAACGCUCAGGUUCGGAAGUGUCCCAUCAUCACGGUGGACGCGACACGUCCACCUACUUCUCAUCCGCCGCUCAUUGCCACUGGUUUCGAGGGCAUGCAGUGUACAGUGCAGGUGCCCUCGCUGUACCGCAACCAGACCUACAACAAGCUCCAACAUGUCCAGACGCACUCCUUUACCAGGAGAACCAACCAGCCCCUCGUGCCUGGGGCUGCCACUGGAGCAACUUGCUGCCAGUUGGUCUCCACAGUUAACCUGGCGACAGCCAAGGAUUCAAAGGCUGUGGUCACAUGCAUAGUCAUCGUCAUCUCUGUGUUGUUGUGCUGUCUACCACUAGGUAUAUCUUUGGCGCAGGAUAUGGUGUCACCGGAGAGCAGUUUUGUCCACUACCAGUUCGAGCUCUGUGGAUUUGCCCUCAUCUUCCUGAAGUCUGGAAUCAACCCGUUUGUGUACUCGCGCAACAGCGCAGGUCUGCGUCGCCGUGUGCUCUGCUGCCUCCAGUGGGUGACCUUGGGCUUCCUGUGCUGCAAGCACAAGACACGCCUACACGCUAUGGGCAAAGGAAGUCUGGAAGUCAACCGCAAUAAGUCCUCGCACCACGAGACCAACUCGGCGUACAUGCUGUCGCCGAAGCCUCAGAGGAGGCUGGUGGACCAGGCUUGCGGACCCAGUCACUCCCGGGACAGCAUGCCUAGUCCUUGUGCCACCACUGGACGCAAGCCCCGACCCCCGAGCACAUCUACACCCAUCAAUACGCGCAUAGAGCCUUACUACAGUAUCUAUAACAGCAGUCCGUCAGCAGGCCCGAGUUCCCCCAACAGCCUGCAGCGGGUCAACUCUCAAACCACAGCCUUUGCCAAAAGCUACGUGGCUAUGCAUUACCACACCCACCAGGAGGCGCUGCAGGACUUUGACAGCACCUCAGCUCAUCAGAUUCCCAUCCCAUCAGUCUGA